UCCCCGUUUACGCCGACUUCUCCCCCCACACGCGCGCUCGCCGCCGGCGACCUCCACUUCUAGGGUUUCCUCCCCGCGCCACCCUAAAUUCCCCCAACCCCCCGCCCCAAUCUGCCCAAUUUCGCGCGCUCCCCCGCCCAAUUGCCUCCCUCGACCGGCCGGCGGGCGCGCGGCGGCGGAAUCCAUCCCUAAUGCCUUCUUGAUGUAGCGUAGCUCGGAGGGGUUGACGACGCCGGCCGAAGCAGCAGCAGCAGGAGAAGGCAGGGCAUGUCGGGAGGGGGAGCAGGAGGAGGGAGCUCCAUCUCCGGGGGCAGCUUCCCCGCGGGCACGCCCAGGGGCGCGCCGUCGACGGAGCCGCCGUCCCUCGCGCAGUACCUCCCGCUCGACCCGCUCCCCGUCGGCGACCACAAGCACUCGCGCGCCGCCGAGCUGCGGCGGGCGCUCGCCGACUCAGCGGAGCCGCCGUUCGCGCUCAAGCCGCUCCCGCCCGCCGCCACCGAGGAGCUCCGGCGGAUCCGCGGGGCCGUCGCCGAGUCGUCGGCCAGGGCCAAGGACAGGGCCAAGUCGAUGCACGACUCCCUCCAGAAGCUGGACAAGUACCAGAACGUCGUCACCCGGCGCCGGCAGAGGAGCAGCGCCGAGAGGUCGUCGGGGAGCAUGUCGGGUUCGCUCAGGAUGGGGGCGCAGAACAGCGGGGAUGCGCCCGUCCAGAGGCUCGAGGAGAGGGCUAAGAGCGCCACCAUGAGCAAGCGUGUCCGCUCCUCGCUCACCGCAGAUGCACGGUUGGAAGGGCGUGUUAAUGUUUCUACAAGGCAAGGUCCUUUGGUAGACACUGAGAAAAAUCCGCCUUUGGAGAAGGAAAAACUUUCUGUGAGAAAUGUCAAUGCUACAGCUGGGUUUUCCGAAGACAAAUUAGUACGAGGCCUAGCUCCUGGUGGUGAAGGAUGGGAGAAGAAAAUGAAACGCAAGCGUUCUGUUGGAACUAUGCUCAAUAGAGGCAGUGAUGUGGACCGAGAUGUUAAACCAUCAGUUCAACAUAGAUCAAGCAGUGAAGUACGAGGACGUUCUAGUGAUGCUCUUCCAUUUAGACAUGGACCUUCUGCUGGAGCAUCUGGAGGUAGCAAGAUGGAUGGAAGUUCUCAGCAGAGUAGUUCUGGCUCACGGUAUCUUCAGAAGACGGAGAUGGAUUCCCCCUCUCUUCCAAAUGAAAGACGAGAGCGCCAUGCUGGGCUAGACAAAGAACGGGUUUUGGUGAAAGGAAACAAGGCACAUACUUCUGAGGAUAUGCAACCUGGAACCUUAAGUCCUGUGACUAAGGGUAAAGCAUGCAGGGCACCACGAACCAGUUCUCUUGUAGGCAUUCACUCAUCAUCUACUUUGCUACGCUCAGCCGGAGGAAUGGAUGAAUGGGAAGAAGCACCAUGCACAAAUAAAGCCUCACCCUUGGGAGGCACCACAAAUCGCAAGCGUCCUAUGGCUGCAAGUGCCUCUCCACCUCCUGUUGCUUGGGUGGGUCAACGUCCGCAGAAGAUGUCGCGAUCAAGAAGAGCAAAUGUUGUAUCCCCAGUGUCAAAUUUUGAUGAACCCCUCCUAUCUGAAGGAUCGCCAAAUGAUGUUGCAGUUAGGCCAGCUUUAGAAACGCCUGGCCUCUUACUCCCAAGGGGUGCAGCUAGCAAUAAUUCACAAGCUGUAUCUAGAAUGGAUAAUGUUACAUCUCCAGCUUGUCUGUCAGAAAGCGAAGGGUCUGUUGCUACCGAACACAGGAGUAAGGAGAAAGUCACAAAUAGUGGUGACUUUGAGAAUGAGGGGAUAAAUUCAGCUCAUGUUGCAACAGAUUUAAUUUUCUCGUCCAAGAAAAGCAGGAUUCCGUUGAAAGAAGAACUUGAAGAUGGUAGCAUUCGUCGUCAAGGGAGGAGCGGAAGAGGCACUAUGCAUGUUAAAGGGUCAUCCAUACCAAAAGAGAAGUUGGACAGCAGCGAAACAAGAAAGUUGGUAAAGAGCGCAAGACCUGUAUCUGAACAGAAUGAAAGUAAGUUAGGCCGUCCUCCAACUAAGAAAGGUUCGGACCGCAAAGCAUCAUCUCGACAGCCAGAAAUUCUGAAUUGUGGGUCGAUGGAUAUUACAGUUGAACCUGAAGAUGAUAGAGAAGAACUUCUAGCUGCUGCAAAUGCUGCCCGUGGUGCUAUUGUUGGCGCAUAUACUGGCCCUUUCUGGAAGAAGAUCGAACCAAUGCUUACUUUCAUCCGCUCUGAAGAUUUAUCAUUCUUAAAAAACCAGAUUACAUUUUUGGAAGAGCUUGAGAUGGGCAUGUCUAAUAUGCACGAUGAUGAUAAGUUAACAGUAUCAACUAACUAUAAUGGGCCAUCAUCAAUGGUUCUGCCUGCGUCUAAUUCUUCCAUGUUGCUGGAUCAAAGCGAAGCAAAUGGUAUUGGACCAAAAGAAUCUGUAGACAUUUUGUCUUAUAAUGGCGAGAAUCACAGCACCGCAUCGCAAAAGGCACAGGGGCAAGGAAUAUUUGGAGAAAUGGCUCCCCUGACAAGUAGACUGCUCUCUGCUUUAAUUGUAGAAGAUGUCGAUGAUUUUUCCGAGUCCAAUGGUGUGCAAGGGGAUAUACUUCUUGAGUUCUCAAAUGACUUACUUCCUCCUGCCGCCACAGUUGAAUUUGGAGCUACGGCAGUAGAAUCAAGUUUUGGGAUGUGCCCUGAUUUCAAGCAUUCAAGCAGUAACUCAGUAUAUAACAGCAUGUCCAAUGGUUUCACAGCUUCCAGCAAUUUGAGGGGCUCAUAUAGUCAAAAUUCAGUUUUCAGUGAUAAUAUAUCAGAUGGGAUAAAUGUUACAGUGUACCCAGAAAAUGGCACUUUGCAUGGAUCCAUGCCACAUAUUUCACAGCAGUAUCAAACUUCUGGAAAAGAUUUAUCUUUACCACUAUAUGGAUAUCAGUAUGCACAGAUGUCUUUGCACGACAGGACUUUGGUUGAGUUGCACAGUAUUGACAUUUUCCCAGAGAUGCCCGAGCUGGAUGAGGGAGAGGAUGAGGAUAUCAAUAAAGUUAUUUUGGAGCUGCAGAAAAGACUCUUUGACCAGGUGAAUCAAAAGAAGUGCCAAUUAAAUAAGCUAGAAACGGCAAUUCGAAAUACUAAAAACAUGGAGGAAAGGAGCCUGGAGCAACAAGCAAUGAACAAAUUAGUAGAGAGGGCUUACAAAAAACUGCUGGGUGGCCGGGGUAGUUCUAGUCAUAAGGGUGGCCUCAGUAAAGCAGCCAGUAAGGCUGCAAAGCAGCUUGCGUUGGCUUUUGCAAAGCGAACGCUGGCCCGAUGUCAGAAAUUUGAGGAAACAGAGAAGAGCUGCUUCAGAGAGCCUUUCCUUUGGAGUGUGCUGUCUGCACCUUUGCCAAAGAGUGAGGCAGCUGAGGGUGGUGCUCCAGGAUCCGCAGACAGGCCGAAGCAUGCAAAGCUCGACAGGAGCCCAUUGAGCCAAGGUAGUACAAAGAUAAAAAAGAGCGAAAGAGACAGGGACAGAGAUGGGUCCGCCAAGAAUUCAAGUUCCAAGUCAGGCCGCAACUCCUCAGGCAGCGGGAGGAAUGACCGCAAAACCAAGAUGAAACCGAAGCAGAAGCUAGCGCAGCUAUCGACAUCAGGGAACGUCCUCGGCAGAGUCGCAGAGCCGCCGCUGAAUUUCCCGUCACCAUCCCCGCGCGAAUCCCAGGAGCGGACAAACCCUCUGAGCCUAAAGCCUAUCCACCCUACUCAGCCGAUCAGGAACACCGCACCUAUCGCCCCCCAGGAACCUCCUAUGGACGCCAACCUGCCAGGGAUGGACCCGAUGGUGGACAUCCUGGACGUGCCGGAGGGCAACGACAUCGGCUCCUGGUUCACGGAAGAUCUGGACGAGUCGCUGCAGGACUUUGACUUCUCCGGAGGCCUGGAGAUCCCAGAUGAUGACCUCACCCAGCUAGGGUUCAUGUGAGAUGUGUGGGAUAGUAGUAAAUAUCAUUAUAUAUGUGCAUAUGAUUGGAGUUUUGAUCCUAUAUUAGCGGCACUGUCUUGCACUAACCAGCUAGUUGAUGCCUGCCUCAAAUUAAGGUGGGCAUCCUGUAAGUGACCCCAGUUCAUGUGUUGACAUCGAAUGUGCAAAGUCAAGUCGAGUAUUAUGUUCAGAUAGAUAUACUUGGAGCAAA